AUGUUGCCUAUGAAGCUCGGAAAGGGUUCCAUAGCAGAUGAAUUGGUGACGUUGGUAUACAGGGCUUCCGCGUCAAGUGACUGCAUGACGCAGCAUAGCGUACAUGUUGUCACGUUUUGUUCGGAUGGCCAUACGAAGAAGCCGCAUCUCGACAUCCAGUACUUUCCGGGUCGACUGCACCAGGUGGAUUAUGCCGUGGAAGCUAUGAAACAAGGCUCGGCUACUGUGGGUAUCAAAAGCUCAUCGCAUGCUGUUUUGGCUGCUUUGAAG